CUUGACCCUUCACUCUCAUUUGGUUAUUCUCCCAACAACAAGUCUUAAACCAAAACACUGAAAACACCUCAAAAAUGGCGAUUUUAUUUCAAAGUUCAAGUAGCUCCAUCUUAUCCAUCAAAAUUUUCCUAAUUUCAACUACAGUUUUAUCUGCUGCUAUUAUGUUAAAAAUCUCUGCACCUGCUGUAACUGAUUUCGCCGUUAGUGAAGUUCCGUCUAUUUGGAAAGGCGUUGUUUCAUGGCUUAAACCUCCGUAUUUAUACCUCGUCAUUAACUGCAUUAUCAUUACGAUUGUAGCUUCUUCAAAGUUGCAGAACAAGCUCGAUGAUGAGAACUCAUCUCCGGUUGUUUCGCCGGAAAAUUUGGCUCAGUUUAAUGCCAUUAAGGAUGUAAGGCCAGUAACGGAAUACUAUUCACCGGUCAUGAAUGACUUGAAUGGUGUCGCUUUGAAGAAUCAGGUGGUUGAGUCUAGACCGAUGGUUUACGAGUAUCCUGUUGCUGGUGUUUAUGAUGCGAAGGUUGAGAAAGUUCCAGAAGUUAAUCCGUACGAUGAUGUGGAUGUACGUAUAUUGGAGAACGAUAAAGCUUUUGCUUAUCAGGAGCCUAAAGAAGUUGUUGUUGAGAAAGAUGUCGAUGUAUUAAUCUCGAAAUCUUAUCGGGCGCCGGUGAUGAGACAGGACUCUAUAGAUUACUCGUCCGAGAGGCCUCCUGCUUCAGCCAGAUUUAGUCACCGUAAAAAUGGCAAAUCCACUCCCGAAGGUGGAAAGGGAGCAUUGAGAGUAUCAAAGCCUAAACGGCAAGACACGCUGGAGAGUACGUGGAAGACAAUAACAGAGGGACGAGCAAUGCCGCUGACGAGGCACUUAAGAAAAUCUGACACGUGGGAGACACACGGUGGUCGGAACCCGGUUGUUACCCCACCACAACAGAAGAUGAAGAAAUCUGAGACGUUCAAUGACCAUACCACCCCUGAUUCGCCGUUACUGACUCCAUCACCUGGUUCAGGGAAACUUAAGAAAGAGCCGUCGUUGAGUCAAGAUGAGCUAAACAGGCGAGUUGAAGCUUUUAUAAAGAAGUUCAAUGAGGAUAUGAGGUUGCAGAGGCAACAGUCGUUGCAACAGUAUACUGAGAUGAUCAAUCGGGGCUCACAUUAGCAGUUUUCACAUAAUGUUUUUUUUUUGCACAUAAACGGAGAGAGACUCUCUCUUUUUCAUGUUUUAUAUGGCUAUAGCGAAAGGAUUUUGUUUUUACCAUCUAAGGGAAUAUAGUUCUUGUUCCUCCUUA